AUAAAAAGUGGCAACAAACAACAACAAAGUUCCUUUGAUUAUUACGCUUUACGCCGAACCAAACUACCCUAACAACUUCCCAAAUCCCGCUCUAAUAAACCCUAACCCAACUCUCUCUUCUUCAUCCCCUCACUGUAACUGGCGGCCCUGUUACAAUCCCAUCUGUUCUCCUCCAAUCCGACCGGUAGAACACGUUCAUCUCCGGCAGCCUGUAGUACCGUAGCCUGUAGGUACUUUUGGAUAGGAUUGAUCUUCCAUGUAUGCUUGUGAAAGGGAGUUAUACACAGGCAUUGAUGAGGGGGCUGUGAACUUGAUUAAAUUUGGUGAAGGAAGGUUUGCAGAAUGGACACUGAAGCUGAUAGAAAAGACGCGGGUCUCAUUUUGCUGAAGCAAGGCGCUGAAGCUAGAGUUUUUGAGUCAACCUUUGUUGGAAGGCGGUCAAUUGUAAAGGAACGGUUUUCAAAAAAGUAUAGACAUCCAGCGUUGGAUUCCAAGCUUACACUUAAGCGUUUAAAUGCUGAAGCAAGGUGCAUGACAAAAGCCAGAAAACUAGGAGUUUCAACUCCAGUUCUAUUCGCAGUGGACCCAAUGUUGCAUACUCUGACAUUUGAGUAUGUGGAAGGUCCGAUGGUGAAGGAGAUAUUCCUUGGUUUUGGUACGAAUGGAAUUGUCGAAGAACGCCUACAGGAAAUUGCAACACAGAUAGGAGACUCUAUUGCGAAACUUCACGAUGGUGGACUUAUACAUGGAGAUUUGACAACCUCAAACAUGUUGAUUAACAAGGAAACCAAUCAACUGGUGCUCAUUGAUUUUGGUCUGAGUUUUAUAUCUACUUUACCAGAAGACAAAGCAGUAGACUUGUAUGUGCUGGAAAGGGCAUUGAUCUCUAUGCAUUCCUCGUGUGGAGACGUGAUGGAAAAAUUGCUGGCCGCAUACAGAAAAUCCUCGAAGCAAUGGUGCUCCACACUGAACAAGCUUGCUCAAGUGAGACAAAGGGGUCGAAAACGCAGCAUGGUUGGAUGAUCUGCUGAAGAUUUUUCAAAUAGAUCAUGUAAUUCUUAUUCAUAAAUGGGGUUUCUUAUUUAUGCAUCAAGCUUCCAACUUUUUUGUUCAAUAGGAGUAUUAUUCAAUAGUUUUCUCAUGUUUGAGAUUUAGUUUGCACCGUAUCAAUGCACUUACGUCGGUGGAUUAUACAUUGUUUUAGAAAAUAUAAAUAGUAGACCUUUCCUCUUC